AUGAGCGGCUACUUCCUGAUCCGUGCUUGCGUCCUCUUGGCUCUUGCCACCAGCGCUUUCGCUGGCUACACCGGCUACGGCCUUGGCUAUGGCCUGGGAUAUGGUGGCUACGGUCUUGGCUACGGCCUCGGCUACGGAUAUGGCCUUGGCUACACCGGUUACGCUCCAGCUGUUGCCCACGUCGCCCACGCUGCUCCAGUCGCCACCACAGUGGCUUCUUACCACGCCCCAGCUGUGGCCACCGUGGCUCACGCCCCAGCCAUCGCCGCCUACCACGCCCCAGCUGUGACCACUGUUGCCCACGCCCCAGUCGCCACCGCUGUCGCUGCUCCAGUGGCCACCUACGCUGCUGCCCCAGCUGUCGCCACCACCACCGUGCACCACGCCCCAGCCGUCGCCACCGUUGCCCACGCUGCCCCAGCUAUCGCUUCCUACCACGCCGCCCCAGUCUACGGCUACGGUGUCAGCACUCUCGGCUAUGGUGCUGGCCACUACGGUUUCGGUCACGGCCUCCUCGGCUACGGCCUGAACUACGGCUACGGCCUUGGCUCUCCAUUCCACUACGGUGCCCUCCUGCGCAAGAAGAAGUGUAAGCACGCAAUUGCAUCUCUAUUUUAG